CGGAGGGAAAGGGGGCGGGGACGGGAGCGCGCGCGGCGGUCACGUGGGAGGGCUCCCCGUGGGAGCCGCCAUUUUCCGGAGCGCCCCCAGCGCGCUCUUAAAGGGGCCGCGCCCCGCUGUGAGGUUCGGUCCCGGUUCCCGGUUCUCCCUCCCGGUGCUCGGUUUGGAUGAACCGGUGUCUGCGGCUCCUCCGGCCACCGCAGACGUGGGCAGAGCGUAUCGGGGCGGGACUGGAGCGGAGCGGUGCGUGUGUGGGCCGAGGCCUCCUUCCAGGGCUGCCCUGACACCAUCGGCUAUCUCGGCGUUAUUAAUUCUCUGUAAUCACCAAAAUAUUCCCUUUUUCCUCAGUUCAGUGCCGCGGUGAAUUGCUGGGGCCCUGAGGAGCCCCCAGCGAUGGCAGCUGAGGACAGGGAUUACAACCUGACCCAGGAGCAGAAGGCUGUGAAAGACAAGUACCCCCCUCUCUGCAAGAAAUAUGAGUAUUUGGAUCACACAGCAGACGUGCAGCUCCAUGCCUGGGGAGACACGUUGGAAGAAGCCUUUGAGCAGUGUGCCAUGGCCAUGUUUGGCUACAUGACAGACACAGGCACCGUGGAACCUGUGGACACAGUGGAGGUAGAGGCAGAAGGGCAUGACCUGUUGUCUCUUCUCUUCCACUUCCUGGAUGAGUGGCUGUAUAAAUUCAGUGCUGAUGAGUUUUUUAUACCCAGGGAAGUGAAAGUGCUUCACAUUGACCGAAGGCAGUUCAAAAUAAGAUCAAUUGGGUGGGGAGAAGCAUUCUCUUUAGACAAACACCCUCAGGGCACAGAGGUCAAAGCCAUAACUUACUCAGCAAUGCAGAUCUGUGAAGAUGAAAAGCCAGAAGUCUUUGUCAUCAUUGAUAUUUAAAACAAGAAUGGUGUGGUUGGCUGGAUAUUGGUCAUCAUCUGGCAAAAGCCCCCUAAAACUGUAAUCCCUGUGGAAAAAACUAAGGAAUUGGCCAGUUAAAAUCAGAAAUUGAAGGGAAUAAUUGCAGGGAAUGUCAGACUGUUUUCACUUGAGACAGAGAAUAAGAAUUCUGUGAGGUUUUGGGGGGUAUGGAGAAGGAGAGGUUUGUACAGGUUGGAAGAGUCCCAGGAAUGCUGGCAGUCAGCUUUUCAGGCUGGUACAUGUGCUAGGGGCUGUAUGAAAUACAGAAAUUGCUGGAGCUGAUAACUAAAAUACUCCCUUUUUGCAGCGUGGCAGGAGAUAAUGUUCAUCUAGAUUGAUUUCAUUUGCAUAUUUCAUGUUCUAAUUCUGAGCUGACAUCCCUCCUCCACAUUCCAUAAAUCCAAAAUAGCUGCAGUGGCUCAGAUGUAAUGUGGGAAAAAAAAAAUCUUUGAGUGUUUAAAAUUAGACACCUAAAAAAUGAUGCCAAUUAAACAAACAAACCACCACAUCUUUUAAGGUACUUUAAAAAGAAGCCAUGCCAGCAGGUGGUGCUGAAUUGCUGUAAAUAAAUUGCCACAUGAAAUCUUAAAACAUGUGACUGUGUACCUGAAAUCCUUUUAUCAUCUAUGAUAACUCUAAAAAGUUGGCAGCUCUGCUGCUGUGGUGGAAGGGAAUGGAAAGGGAUGUCCCAGGUUCUCCCUGGGUUCGCUCCCAGCUGUAUCUUGUGAAAAUUGAGUAUUUUUUUUAAAAGCAUGGUUUGGAUCAGCCUAAUUGUCUUUUAAAAGAACAAUACAGACAAUCCUUAAAUGUCAAAGGAUUAUGGACUUGACUGAAUCAAAAUUAAUCAAAAGUGUGGUUUUUUUUAAAUCACAGGAUGGCAAAUGUGCAUUACCUGCUGUUUUAAUUUAAUUUAAAUGUGAGCAGCAUAGGCCUGGCCUGCUCUGUUACUGAAAGUGCUCCAAGUGCCUCACUGUGGUGUCUCAUCUUGUAAAAUCAUCUUAAAUAGUUCUGGUUUUAUUUCCAUGCUGUAAAAACUGAGGGAUAAAACCUCUCUGAUUUUUUUUAAGCAAGCCUCAGUGCCAAAAUAAAACUUGGACUGGAACAUUAA